AUGUCGAGUUCAGGAUCGGGCCAUUCGACUCAUCCACAGAGUGAUAGUGCUCAGUCAUCCUCACUAGCAUCUGCAUCUGCAACUCAUCAUUCGUCAUCCAGAAAACGUAAUUCACCAAAUACAGGUGCGGCUCGUAAAGAAACUCAAGCAACACAGUCAGUCGCCGCAGUGGGAUCAACCUCAUCGAAACUUCGCAAACUCGCACACUCAUCUGCAAAUCAGGUGCGUCGUGUUCAACUCAUUCUGUGCUUACCUUUAAAGGAUGUAUAUGACUCUGAAGAGUAUUUCGAGAAAAUCUUUAAAAUAAGAAAAAGACAUGAUUGCUGA